AUGCCACUGGCUGCGAAGAGUUUCCGCCGACAGAGGACAUUCCUCCGGUCCCUCCGGACUGCCCUCAACAUGGCCGCGACGUUGGGUGUCGUGCCGUACUCCUUGCGAGGGCACGACGUAGUCUUCGGGCAUUUGAUUUUGGUGAGACACAGUUCAUUGUCAACAAUGAUGAUGUUCGUGUCCUUCCAAUACGUCAACUUCUACUUCUUCGCUGAAGAAAACCUGAUCCUGUUCUUCCUGGGCUAUAUCCAUCAUUACUUGGACCUGUUGGUCCGCCGAACUUCAUCCAGGGAAGCAGUGUUGAUCCAGCUCUGCAGCAUUCACGAUAGACUAGCUGACGUCAUCGCCGGCAUUCAGCAGCUAUAUGGACUUACAGCUUUAUUCAUUGCUAUCAGCAGUUUCUGCUUCAUCAAUUGCAAUUUUUUCUUCUUAAUGAAAAAGCCGAAUAAACCAGCAGCCCUGGUAUGCUUUGGUUGGAUCAUCCAUUCCUUCAUUCUGAUCUACCGGAUUUCAAAUAGAUGCAAACAAAUAAAGGAAAAAGUAAAUAUCCAUAAUUUUAGCAUUUAUGUUUAG